CCUCUACAUCACUCAUCACUUAGAUUUUAAAAUGGAGGGUUACUCGAUGAAGUGUUGUGUAGUGUUUGUAGGGUUAGUGUUAGGUCUUACCGUUAACGGAGACCCUCAAGUUCCAUGUUACUUCAUCUUUGGAGACUCUUUAGUAGACAACGGAAACAACAAUGGCCUCUCUUCUCUUGCUAGAUCUGAUUACUUUCCGUACGGAAUCGAUUUUCCAGGGGGGCCCACCGGCAGAUUCUCCAACGGAAAAACUACCGUCGACGUCAUCGCUGAACUGCUUGGUUUCAACGAUUAUAUCCCUCCGUACGGUGGCGUAAAUGGUCAGGAGAUUCUUACCGGAGUGAACUACGCUUCUGCGGCGGCUGGAAUCAGAGAGGAAACGGGACAGCAACUGGGACAAAGGAUAGCCUUUAGUGGGCAAGUGCAGAACUACAAGAACACAGUUUCACAAGUGGUGAAUCUGCUCGGGGACGAAAACUCUGCAGCUGAUUAUCUCAAGAAAUGCAUUUACUCCAUCGGAUUAGGAAGCAAUGAUUAUCUGAACAAUUACUUCAUGCCCACUUUCUACUCCUCGAGUAGACAGUUCACUCCUGAACAAUUCUCCGACGAUCUUAUCGAUCGAUACGGUCAACAGCUCAAUGCGCUAUACAACUACGGGGCGAGGAAAUUUGCGUUGAUCGGGGUAGGAGCGAUCGGCUGCAGCCCGAACAAGUUAGCUGACAGUCAGGACGGUAAAACCUGCGACGAACAAAUCAACUCGGCGAACCAAAUGUUCAACAAUAAGCUCAAAUCUCUAGUCGAUCGCCUCAACAACGAUCUCUCCGACGCAAAGUUCAUCUUCAUCAACGCUUAUGGCAUUUUUCAAGAUUUGAUCAGCAACCCCUCUGCUUAUGGGUUUAGCGUUACGAACGCGGGGUGUUGCGGUGUGGGGAGGAAUAAUGGUCAGAUAACGUGUUUGCCAGGUCAGAGUCCGUGUCCGAACCGCAAAGAAUACGUUUUCUGGGACGCGUUUCACCCAACUGAGGCCGCAAACGCGAUUAUCGCUCAGCGUUCUUACAAAGCGCGGUCGGCUUCUGACGCUUAUCCCAUUGAUAUCUCAAGAUUGGCACAACUUUGAAAAAAAAAACACUUGGACUAAGUUUAUAAUAGACAAAUGUAUGUCGACCGUACGUAUUCUUGUUUCGAGCGGUUUUGAUCAAAUUAUUGGACCGUCGCAAAACCAAGAAAAGAUGGCACAAUGAGUAAUUAUUAUUAUUAUUA